AUGACAGAUGUGAAAGGAAGCUCCUCCGGCGUUGGAGAUGCCAGCCUAUUGCAGCGCAAGGAAUGGGACGAGAUUCUGUGCCCGGUCUGCAUGGACCAUCCGCACAAUGCCGUGCUUCUCCUCUGCAGCUCCUACGAAAAGGGCUGCCGCCCGUACGUCUGCGACACGAGUCAUAGGCAUUCGAACUGCCUGGACAGACUCAAGAAUCACAAGAACGGACCUCCGUGUGGUGGCUUAUUGACGGGGAAUGCGCAGAGCUUCAGGCACGGCCAGAGCUCUCUUGCCGCAGAGCACGUCCACGACUUGCAGAGGACGAGAAGGGGCCCGGCGGGGUCGCACGGAGCCCCUUCUUUGGACGGAAGCGGCGGCGAAGUUCGCCUUCCCGCAGGUCAGUUCACGGCGGCGGAGGAGGAGGAGACCCACAAUCCGGCGCCCGGUGAAAGGAUGGAUCUUGAAGAGCCUGGCGGGGGCGCUGGGGCGGAGAAGAACAGCAUCUUGAAGUGCCCUCUUUGCCGCGGGGUUGUUCUAGGGUAUCGGAUUGAGGACGAGGUGAGGCACUACCUGGAUCUGAAGCCCAGGAGCUGCUCGAGGGAGUCCUGCGCCUUCUCCGGCAACUACAGGGAGCUGCGGAGGCACGCAAGGAGAGUCCACCCGUCGUCGAGGCCCGCCGACGCCGACCCGUCGAGGCAGCGGGCGUGGCGGCACCUGGAGCACGAGCGCGAGGUCGGCGAUAUCAUCAGCGCCCUGCAGUCGACCUCGCCCGGCGCCAUCGUGAUCGGAGACUAUGUGAUCGACAACGGAGAGGGCUUGCUGCAGGACUGGGAGAGCAGCGGCUCGGGGAGGGGUGGAAGAUCCUGGUGGACUACUUUCUUCAUGUUGCAGAUGUUGCACACCCCGCUCGGGCCUGCCGGCGAGCGGCGGGGCCUUGUGAGGUCGUGGAGAACGCAUCGGAGGUCCGGGCACAGGAACAUGUGGGACCUCAACUUGCCGGAUCUGCAAGAUGGCGACGAGACCGCCGAUGGGUUUCUCAACGGCGAUGAGGUCCCGGCGCCGCGGAGGCGCCGCCGGUUCUCGAGGUCGCGUGCCGACGAAGACGGCCAGGAGGGACGAUGA